AUCUCUUGUGAUAUUCUUUUUUUUCAGCUUCAUAAUUUGUGACAAGCUUUAAUUGCCAACAAGUCACCAUGAAGCUCGACGCAAAAGCAAUGCGGUAUUUCACCGCAGAGGACUUCCGAGUCCUUGCUGCUGUCGAGGCAGGUAGUCGCAAUCACGAAGUUGUUCCUACACCGUUGAUAGUCCAGUUGUCUGGUCUUCGAGGCGGCAGUGGUGUUCACAGAAGUAUCUCGAAUUUAGCAAAGACCAAUCUCAUUGCGAAGGUGAAAAAUGCCAAAUACGAUGGAUACCGAUUAACGUACGGUGGUCUCGAUUACCUAGCGCUCAACACCCACCAAAAGCAAAAGAGUAUAUACUCCGUCGGAAACCAAGUCGGAGUCGGAAAGGAAUCAGAUAUCAUUGUCGUCGCUGCUUCCGAUGGAUCGCAACGCAUCCUCAAAAUCCACCGUCUCGGUCGCAUAUCCUUUCGAACCGUCAAGACGAAUCGUGAUUAUCUUCGCAAUCGCAGCACAGGAUCAUGGAUGUACAUGUCGCGACUAGCAGCUAUAAAAGAGUUUACAUUCAUGAAAGCUCUGAGAGAGAAUGGGUUUCCGGUCCCAGAACCAAUUGCGCAAAAUAGACAUACUAUUGUCAUGAGUUUAAUCGACGCUUUCCCCUUACGACAGAUAGCCAAGGUUGGAAAUCCGGCUGUUCUUUACGCGGAGCUGAUGGCUAUGAUAAUGAAACUUGCGCGUUACGGAUUGAUCCAUGGUGAUUUCAACGAGUUCAAUAUUUUGAUCAAAGAGGAGACGAUUACCAAUGAAAAGGGGAAGGCUGCAGAAAACGCGGAGUCCAGUGAUGAGGACAUUCGGCUGGUUCCGAUACUUAUUGACUUUCCGCAAAUGGUUUCUGUCGACCAUGUCAAUGCAGAAAUGUAUUUCGAUCGCGACGUGAAUUGCAUAAAGAGAUAUUUCAAGCGUCGGUAUGGAUUUACGAGUGAUGAUCCUGGCCCGUUCUUUGUAGAUGCGAAGAAACAACUACGGAAGAAUCCGGGUAAGAGAUUGGAUGUUGAAGUUGAAGCGUCUGGGUUUUCGAGGAAGAUGGCUCGCGAGUUGGAGAAGUACAUGAAGGAUGUGGGGGUUGAUGGUGAUGCUGGCAGCGCCGAACGCAGUGAUUUAGACGAUGACAACGAGAAUGAUGAUUAUGACGAGGAUGAGGACGAUGAAGAGGAGGAAGACGAAGGUGAGGGAGACGAGGCGCAAGGAGAGGAACAGAGUUUUGGCGACAGCAAAGAUCAACACGCAGACUCGAUUGAUCGUGAUAUAGAGUCAAGUUCUCAAAGGAUAAACGGUCUCAAGGUAUCCGAUUCUGGUUGAUUGAGAGCUCGAUAUUAGUCUAGACAAAGUCUGUUAAUACCCUUGAAUAUGGAACUGGUAUUCGCUUUAAUCAUUCUACUUACACAUUCAUGAUUGCAAUUGGCUA